CCAUUGCCAAUCACUUUUCUUGUAUGGAUAUGAGAGGAUCUCAAAUCUUCAUGGUUGUAGUUGUUACUUGUUACUUAUUUGUAAUUACUAAUUAUUGUGAUAAUUAAUUUUUAUUGUUUUUAAAUGUCUGUACUGUUUGAAGUGCUUGUAGUUUUGUACAGUUGUACUGAACCAUUGAAUAUUGGAAGCAUUUCAAUGGUUUGUUUUUAAAAACUAUCAAAUUAUUAAAUUAAAUUUUAAUUUAACUACAACCAUGAUACAUUUAUUUAGUGUCACAUAAUAAUAUCAUAGUUAUAUUUUAUUUCGGUAUGAAAGAGAAAACGAUUUUGGUUAAACAAAACCCAAUAUUGAAAGUAGUCAUUUUGGGAAAUAGUAAUGUUGGAAAAUCAUGUCUUAUGAACAGAUUUGUAAGUAACAGUUUUAGUGACCAUACACUUCAUACAUUGGGUGUAGAAUUUCUUCAAAAGGACCUCGAUGUUAAUGGAAUUGUAUAUACUCUGCAGAUUUGGGAUACUGCAGGACAAGAAAGAUUUCGAACAUUACGAACCCCUUUUUAUAGAGGAACUGAUAUUUGUUUACUGACAUUUGCUGUGGACGAUAUCCAAAGCUUUAAAACAGUAGAUUCGUGGAAAAAGGAAUUCUUACAGUAUUCCAGGACAACUGAUGUGAAUUUUCCUUUUAUUGUUGUUGCUACAAAGGUAGACCUACAAGACCGAGUAAUUUCUAAAGAUGAAGCAGACAAAUGGUGUUCAGAAUAUCUGAGUGCUCCUUAUGUUGAAACUAGUUCUAAAACAGAUAUGAAUAUAGAGACUGCAUUUACUUUAGCUGUUGAAGUUUGGGCUUCAACAGAAAGGCCUUCCGAAUUAAAAAUAUCACAUACAAAUUUAGUUAAAUUAUCUAGGCCAAUUAAUGGUAGUGCUGCUUGUCCUACAGCUGAAAUUGUGUCACCUAAGUGUUGUUAAAAACGUAUGAUGUAUUAACUUAGUGUAUUUCAGCAUACAAUUUUUUUUAUAAGUAUAUAAUGAUUAGCAAUAUAUAUUACAUAUUAUUUAUUUUUCAUAAAGUUAAUUUUUGAGGUAAAAUAAAAAUAAAGAUU